UCGAUCCUCAAGGGAGAGGGUUUUUAGGUUUUUUAGGUCUCCAUUUUCUUCCCAGCUGCGACGAUGAGCUUCGUCUUCCGGGGGACGAGAGCCGACAUCGAGAGCGGGUUCCACGAUUUCAUACCCGAGCGGCGAGCGGUGAGGUUCCAUGGCGGGGGAAGGCCGCUCAACACGAAUCCUGUCAUUAUUUUCAUCACAAUGUUCUUGCUGUUCAUGGUUCUCAAUUCCCAGCCGGUGUCUCCAAACUUCCUGUUAUGGUUUGGCAUGGCCGUUUUUCUCAUAACCACAAGCAUCCGGAUGUACGCAAUGUGCCAGCAAAUCCAAGCCCAUGCAAACGCCGCGGCUGUGGCAGCGACGGCAAACGGGCUGAUUGGUCACACCGAGCUUCGUCUGAGGAUGCCGCCCAUCGCCUUUGCAACCAGGGGCCGGCUUCACGGCCUACGCUUGCAGCUUGCGCUCCUCGAUCGGGAGUUUGACGAACUUGAUUACGAUGCCUUGCGGGCUCUGGAUCCAGAUAAUCCUCCCGGCGUGCCGGCGUUGAGCGAGGCAGAGAUAAACUCGCUCCCCGUUCACAAGUACAAACCACAAAAGAGCCAACAAGGAAGCUCUCAGCAGCAUCAGCCACAGGCAUCUUCUGAUCCAAACAAGGGAUCUCCUUCUUCUUCGUUGGGCGAGAAGCUAGAGGAGCUCACUUGUAGCGUCUGCCUGGAGCAAGUUAUGGAAGGGGAGAUUGUUAGAACUCUCCCGUGCUUACACCAGUUUCAUCCGCAUUGCAUCGAUCAGUGGCUGAGACAGCAGGCCACUUGCCCGGUUUGCAAAUUUAAGAUGUCUACAACGAACUAGACAAGAUCUCGAGAAGAGAAACUUUCGUACAUAUUACUUUCAUUGUGGAUAUGGACAAGAGUGGAGAACAAAACGAAAACAGCAAAACAGCAAAUCAAAGGUAGCGUGUUCUAGCUCAUUCUUUGACUUCAGACGGGAGUAGAGGCUUGGUUCCCAUCAUAUACAGGCGGCCUGCGUUGUCAUCUGUGAGUAAACUAAUUCGAUUUGCUUUCGAUUUGCUCC